AUGUCUAUAGCUCUGUCUUCUCAGAGUGAGAUGUCCCGGAACAAAAUUGAACCUGUAGCAAAUGAAGAGAGUGACACAAAAGUCAUACUCCAGUCAGAUGGUGAUCAAUCCAGAAGCUCUGGGUUCUGUGGAUACCUCCUUACCUUCUUCUCCUUCCUCCUUGUCUUUCUUACUUUUCCUGUCUCGGUCUGGUUUUGUAUGAAGAUUGUCCAGGAAUAUGAAAGAGCAGUUAUUUUCCGAUUGGGACGACUCCUAGGCGGUGCUAAAGGACCUGGUUUGUUCUGGAUUAUUCCAUGUGUGGACACAUUUAGGAAGGUUGAUUUAAGAACAGUGUCUUUUGACAUCCCUCCACAAGAGGUGCUGACCAAAGACUCAGUGACUAUCAUGGUGGAUGCGGUGGUCUACUAUCGUGUCUUUAACCCCACUGUCUCUAUUACCAAAGUGGAGAAUGCUAAUCAUGCCACACAGAUGCUUGCACAGACUACAUUACGAAACAUGCUGGGAACUAAGAGUCUGGCAGACAUCUUAAAAGACCGUGAGGAGAUGUCUGAACAGAUGGAGGCUGUGCUGUAUGCUGCAUCCAAGAACUGGGGUAUCAAAGUGGAACGGGUCGAGCUUAAAGACGUCAAACUGCCCACCACUUUGCAGAGAGCCAUGGCAGCUGAGGCAGAGGCCACCAGAGACGCCAGAGCCAAGGUGAUCGCAGCAGAGGGAGAAAUGAAAGCCUCUCGUGCGCUGAAGGAGGCAGCAAACGUGAUGUCAGAGUCUCCGUCUGCGCUUCAGCUGCGCUAUAUGCAGACGCUGACUGAGAUUGCCUCGGAAAGGAACUCAACUAUUGUCUUUCCUCUUCCUAUUGACUUCAUCUCUAAUUUCAUGAAAAGGUGA